CGGUACUUAGCCAAUAUUUGGCCUUAUGUGGUAGAUAAGAUUAAGGAGAGAGACUUAUGCAUUCUGAAACAUUCUACUUGCCAUUUGAAGCGCGGAUGAUUGAAAAACAGGGGCCUUACUGCCUUCCUCCCAUACGAACCGAGACAAUAUGGGCACCAUGGCGAACUUUACACUAACCCUGGAAAAUACUUUUAAAAAUGUGUUUGAAAAGUACAUGAAUAACUGGCGCAAUAAUCAGACCACAGAAAAUGAUGAUCUACAAAAUACCCUGAACGAGGAGAACUUUAACUAUGUGAUUCUUUACCUGAUGGUGAUGAUCGGGAUGUUUUCUUUCAUCGUCGUCGCGAUCCUUGUGAGUACCGUGAGGUCGAAGAGGAACAAACAAAAAGAAGAUAACUACGAGGAUCCGUAUCAUAAAUACAUAGUGAAUGACUGGCCGGAAAAAAGCCCAUGUAUCAUCCUGGAAAACGUGGCCUCCAAGUCGUAUAGUGCUCCUACAUCUCCAUAGGCCUCCAAAAUGGAAAAUCUGACCAGAUUUCUGAAAAGAGAGUGAAGAUACUCAAAUAUACAUGUCUAAUACAGUUCUAAACAAUACCCUUCUCUAUAUUGUACCAUGUAUAGUCAUUUGCCAAAAUAUAUUACAAUAUUAUUAAAAUGUAAAAUUUUCUAAAAUGCUUUAGUUAUGAUAAAUGUAUGGUGCUGACACUUUGAGACUGACACCAGAAAUGUCCCUUCCCAUCUCCAAUGGUUAAGAAGAGGAAUGCAAUUGCCAACUGUCCCUAAUUUAAAAGGACAUUCCCUGGACCCAGACUGUAAAACUGACCAACUGCACAGAAUUAUUUCAAUGACCAAAAAUUAUUUUCUGCUCUUACAAUAACCUAGCAGUACUGAAAAUGUUAUACUGUUAUAACGAUGCCCAUUAAACAUGUUAGAUAUAA